AUCCCGUUAACAUCAUUUCCCCCUCAGCACACCUCUAAAGUCGCAAAAACUACCGCUAUGACCAAAGUCACUGGAUACGAAUUCUCUACAACUGGAGACGAAGUUGUCUCUCGAUUCCAAGACAGUAUUAAGGGAAAAACUAUUGUCAUCACAGGCCCAGGUCAAGGUGGCAUUGGUUCUGAGACAGCAGUGGCGCUUGCUGCAGCAGCUCCAGCUUUACUCAUUCUCACUGGUCGCACCGAGUCGAAAAUCACUCCGGUUAUCUUGGAAAUCGAGUCAAAAAAUUCAGCCGUCAAGGUCCAGUUCGUCAAACUGGAUCUCAGCUCGCAAGCUUCCGUACGCUCCGCUGCGGCAGUGAUAAACGAAAGUGUUGAGAAGAUCGAUAUAUUGAUCAACAAUGCAGGAAUCAUGGCCUGCCCGUAUGAAAAAAGCGUAGAUGGCAUCGAAUUGCAAUUUGCGACCAAUCAUAUUGGGCACUUCUUGCUAACGAAGCUUGUCAUGCAAAAAAUUUUGAAUGCGGGGCCUGGUUCGAGAAUUGUCAAUGUAUCGAGCGUUGGUCACAGAAUGGCAGGGGUCAGAUUUGACGAUUAUAACUUCCAGGAUGGCAAAGCGUACUCCGAGUGGGAAGCCUAUGGCCAAUCGAAGACCGCCAAUAUCUUGUUUACUUACUCCCUCGCCAAAAAGCUGGGGGGCAAAGGUGUCUUUGCUUAUUCACUGCAUCCCGGGUCGAUCAGGAGUGGUCUUCAAGUUCAUCUGAACGAAUCUAAUCUUCCCAAGGGUUUUGCUCUCCUGGCCGCUGCAGACGCAAAGACGGGACAAUCAUACGCUCCUGAGCCAGUAAAGACUCUGCAACAGGGGUGUGCGACAACCCUCGUUGCUGCACUUGAUCCGUCCCUCGAAGCUCACAAUGGUGCGUUUCUCUGGAACUCAGACAUUGCGGAUCCCUUACCGCCUGCCCACGCUACGAGUGAGGAGAAUGCGGAGAAGCUAUGGGUUUUGAGCGAGACCUUGGUAGGAGAGAAGUUUGAGUUUGUGAUAUGAGACAGAGUUGAUGCAUGCUCUGUACGUGUACUAAUAUUAAGUUUGAGAACCUUGGAUUAGCAUGGCUAUCGUUCUUGUGUCCAAUUAGAAUUAUUCACAAUAAGCACCUCGCUUCUGUCCGAUGCUUAUCU